AUGACUGAGGAGAAGUUGGGCCUAGCUCAAACCCUUUGUCGUGCGUGCCUAACAAAACUGAGCCAGGAUGACGCCUUCGACAUCUUUAUUGUGCCCGGUUUGGCCAAGAAAUUGUGUGUUUGUACUUCCCUGACAGUGGAACAACAAGAUGGAUUCCCCACAAACAUUUGUCCCGCUUGCUAUUGUCGACUCAACGACUUGCAUGAUUUUCAGACACAAUGCCUAGACUCGGUGGAAAAGUUUCGAGAGAUGUUGACCAGCACCUGCUUUAUAGUUCGCUCAAUUCCAGAAGACAAUUUUAAUGUGAUGAAUGCAGCUGACCAGGAUGCUGAAAUCCCUUCCGAGGAGGAAGUCUUUGAUCCUUUGCUCAAUACGAAAAUAGAAAUUGAAGACGAGCAGGAUGUGUUCAAAAUGAUAGAAGAUUUUGAUAAAGAAACCGUCAAAGAGCAGUAUGAUUUGAAUGACACUUUCAACAUCGAAAACAGCGACGAAAAUGAAGAUGUUGAUUUCGAACCAGACACCAGUGACUCCGAAUACUCGUUGCCGCUGUCGCGUCUCAAAAGUAAAGCAAAAGGCACAAUGAAAGCUAGAUCAAGUGAUAAACCAAAGAGGAAGCGUUUGAUUCCAGUGGAGAGGGAGCGUCGUCGGUUGAUUGAGUGUCACAUUUGCACACAAAAGUUUAUAAAGAUGGCCAACUACGAGGAGCAUAUGAAACGGCACAGUGAUCUACUGCCCCAUCAGUGUCCCGUGGAGACGUGUAAGACUGGCUUUACGACCUCCAAUGGACUGCGUCAUCACAUCGAACACACGCACACAGAACUCUGCCAAAUGUACACUUGCACUGCCAAGGGAUGCGACAAGCAAUUCCCAUUGAAACGAUUGCUCACCAGACACAUGCGAGUGGAGCACAACAUUGCCAAGCCAGACAUUCAUCCAUGCUCGGAGUGUGAUAAGCUAUUUCGGUGUCCCAUGGCGCUCAAGAAACACAUGUACAAACACACAGGCGAGGAGAAGCCUUUUGGCUGUGACAUAUGCAAGAGACGCUUUGCUGCCAGCACCGAACUGCGAGAUCAUUUGCUGCGCCACGCGGGGAUUAAGCGUUUUGUGUGUGCCUAUUGUGGUGUGGGUAAAACUACGAAACAGGAACUGGACAAUCACAUCUUGACGCACACCAGGGAGAAGAACUUUAAAUGCGAUCAGUGUGAAUAUGCCACGCAUAUCAAACAGUCGCUGACCAAGCACAUUCGGGUGGUGCAUAUGAAAAUCAGGAAACAUGCCUGUAAGCACUGCGAGAAGACCUUUGGCACUGCCUAUGCGCGAAGGAUGCACGAGAGAUUGCACACGGGAGAUAGUUGCUAUGAGUGCACGAUCUGCAGUCGGAUGUUUCUCUUUGAGAAGAAUCUGACGAACCAUUUGAAGGCGCACGAGAAGCGAGAGAAAAAGGCUGCUGAGAAGGAGGAAAGAAAAAAGGAGCGAGAGAAGAAAUUGGGUGCAAGAGUGGAGCGCGUGGACAUAGCACUUUUGGCUGGCACUGUUGUCAAUCCCAUUCCUACGGUCUCAGUGCCAGCGUGGACGGAAGUGGAGAAAAGAGAUGGUCAGGUAAUAUGCCCGGAGUGUGGCAAAGCCUUCAAUCGCUUGGAGGGCAUGAAACUGCAUUACAAGGUUGUACAUCAAAAGAUCAAGGAUUAUAUUUGUCGCUUUUGCCACAGACGUUUUGGGAGACUGCAUUAUCUGAAGGCUCAUGAGAAUACGCAUACUGGGGAGACGCCUCAUAAGUGCGACAUCUGUGGCAAGGCAUUCAAGGCAGACUCGACUCUCUACACACAUAAGCAGUCCCACAACAAACCUCCUAAGCCACCCAAGGCGCCAAAGCAACAAAAAGCAUCUCCCACAAAUAGACAACCAUCUCAGCGACCUAAAACCAAACUGAAUACGCAGCCUACCAAAGUUCGGGAGGAGUACGAGGAUCCAGCUGCAGCACAUGCGGCGGCACAAGCUCAAUUGAUUGCCCAUCAGGAAAGUCAGAAUGAGAUCAAGUUAAAGACGGCUGAAGCGGUUCAGAAGAUUCAAACAGCAGCUCAGGAGCAACUUCAGUUGUUGAAGCGCUUGAAUGAAAAGAUCUCCUAUGAUAGUUUACCUUUACCAAAUAAUUGCUUAAGCAUUCCCAAGGAUCAUGUAUGA